AUGGCAUCGCACUAUGAAGGCGCUGACUCUAAUGCUAUUCCAGUGCAGGAGUAUUACCAAGGCUACGAUGCAUAUGGUCAACCUUUAGGCUUCUAUGACUCCAGCGGUCAACUCUCAAGCCAGACCCUUGAAGGCAACACAGAAUCAUUCCAGUAUAUUGACAAUGCAAUCCCAGCGCAGAUGCAGCUGCCUGAACAAACAGUGCAUCCCAACUUCAACCAGGGCUUCAGUGACAUGUUUGAUCCUGCUAGCAAUGACGGAUUUCCUACAGCUCCAAACACGACGAUCAGUCACUACGACCAGCCUACCUAUGUGUAUGACCCAGGAUAUGACCUACAACCUCAGCACCUACUCCAACAGGAUCCGAUCUCAGCAGGGAUCAAUGCUCCCAGUGAGCUUGGUAUAGGUACUGGAGAGAUUGUUCCAUCAGGUCCACAGCCUAUGGACUACUGGUACAUCGACCCCAGUCAGAGGGGGUAUGCGCCCUCCAUGGAUUCCAUGCCUCCACAACAGAACAUGUCAGGAACCUUGUUAUACCCAGAGCCCCAAGCUGCCGGGUUUCCUGAUCCUUCUACAGCAUAUGAGCAGACACACUGGCCUACAAUGCAUCCUGGACCUCCUGACACGCCAUCCCACAACUCAAUCUUCCCCAACCCCUUGGAUACCUACCAACAUGCACAGUACCAGAAUAUACCUCCAGUAUCUCAAGCUGCACUGCCAAACAGUAGAUGUGUGCAACUGGGGGGGUACACCCUGGAUUUGCCUGCUGAGACCACGGAUGAGAAGCUCCAGCAGCUCGACAUUUUGUUCUGGAACCUGGACGCUCAGCAGAGCAAAACGAAGCUCAAACGGGCCCUGGAGAUAAUCAGAUCUCCACAGGAUCAGCUGACGUUCUUGGAAGGAAUCCAGGCAGCUAUUGAUAAACGCACUCCUUGUCCAGCUUUUGGCAAUGGCAAGAGUACUUUUGCCUUCACUUGCUCCGCCAGCUACUGUCUGAGAGUGGUGCUUGAUACUGUUCAGAAGGAAGGGUUCUGUAAGAGGCAUCGUCAACGCUCCAAGGGAGACUGA